CCUAAAUUGUGAUUAGUUUAAGAUCAACAAUUUAAAUCAAUCUGCCCACUCGCGAUUAACCUAAUAAGGAUUUGACCACACCAACGAUUAACAUAAUCAGAGACAAAUGAAAAUUAGUCUUGAAACAGUGAAUACGAUUACUAAUCAUGAGAAUGUCAGUUAAUUGUGAUGAUUUGGUUAAAUUAUUGUUCGAGAAAAUCGAGAAAACUUUUCAUAUUUCCAAUAGUUUCCAUUAUCAUAUCGCUUUUAGUUUGGACAUUUGCUCCGAUCGAUUUGUUUCCAUCUUCGUUUGAUAGUUUACUUAUUGCUCCAGUGAACAGUUAUGAUUAUCUUAAUCGAACUCAGGAUUGGAUGUUUGGUGAAUUCGUGAUUAAAAAUGAAGACCAUUGUUCGGGAAAAAGGUCAACAUCGAUUGUCCUUCUUGUCCAUAGUGAUCCAGGUAAUGGUAAGAAUCGAAACCUUUUACGACAAUUUACUCCCUUGGAUUAUUGUUUAACUUUUCUUCUUGGAUCUCGAGAUGGUGGAACCAAUUCUGAGAUUGAAAAGGAAUCCAAACAAUUCGGUGAUAUUGUCCAAGGAACUUUUCAUGAUUCUUAUCGAAACCUAACAAGGAAACACAUCAUGGGUCUAACUUGGGCUGCUCUUUAUUGUCCAUUUGCUUCAUUCGUCUUUAAAGUAGAUGAUGAUAUUUUCCUUAAUUACACCUUCAUAAGUGAUUACCUGGACAGUCAAUUUCCACCGUCACAAUCGGAUCCUUUUCUGGUUCGAUCGCCGAUCAAGAUGAUUAUCGGUUACGUUAUGCCCCAAUCACCAGUUAUCCGCGAUUUGACCAGCAAAUGGUUUGUCCACCAAUCGGAUUAUCCAAACGAUUAUUAUCCAACCUUCGUCUCCGGCUGGGGAUACAUAACGACCAUAGAUGUGGUCAAUCAGCUACUCAAUCAAAUCCCUUCAACGCCAAUGUUUUGGAUCGAUGAUAUUUACGUUACCGGAAUGUUACGAUCAAAAAUAUCAGAUAUUUUCUUCUAUUCGAUAAACAAAUUUUUCAACAUUAACAUAAAUCUCUUGAAAAACUGGACACAACUUACUUACGAUCAUGUUUGGCCUUAUAUGGUCAGUGUAACGUCAAGAGAUCUACUUGACCGUAGCCUUCAACGUUACCAAUUUUGUAGAAACCACAAAGACCAUUGUUACUGUUGUUUACCUUGGUUAGAUUUAUUCAAUUCGAAAAGUUCUAACUCAUCGAUCCAACAGUUUGUACCUUUGAAAUCUCAGGGGAAAAUAUCGGAAAUUCACAUGAUAAUCAAGUCUUAGUUUGAAAGAAAACGAUAGAAAUGAAUUGAAACAAAUUCUGAAAAAGAGUCACCAUCUAUCGAGUAAUAAUCUAGUCUCUUUAUGGAAAUUUUUUCCAAUCAACUUUUUCUCUCUCAAUCAAACAUCAAUAGACAAUAAAUUGAUAUUCUAUUUAAAAUUUUGUUUAUUCAAAUUCGAAAAUGUAAAAUCGAUUCACCUUAGAACGAUUAUAAAAAAGUAUCAAUAAGAAAAAAAAAGUAAAAGAAAAAUUGAUAUUCAAGUCAAUUGAUUCUCGAACAGAAUCAAACUGUUAGAAUC